CGAUAUGUCCAGCCAGCCUUGCCGCCCAGCAACCGGAAUGGCAGCCGUCGCAGUGAUGUCAGUCAAGGAGCACACUAACAGUAGGCAGCGCGUUAGCGGACACGGUUGGCGAUUCUAUCGUCAUCCAACCCGCCGACAUCAGGCCCCGCCAUGCGCGUGAUCCAGCCUCUGAAUGUAUCCGUCCCAUCACUUACCGCACCGCUGAACAUUUGCUUGUAAACCAUGGAUCCGGACGACGCCGUUCCCCCGCCAAUUCGUCGCUCCCCCAGGCAAGCCAUGGCUCUACAGAGCACGUUAGCGGCACCACCGCCGAUACAGCGAAGACAACCUGCCUCCGUCGGCUCAUCAUCCUCGGCGGGCUUCAGCAAACCCUCAGCACCUCUUCCUCCCCCCAAAAGCCCGCUCAGGUUGCGCCCCGAGCCUUUGAAGACAUCGCGACCUCCCAGGAACUACUCGCAUCCGUUCAAGGAGCAGCUGCUCCGGCGCCCGAACCCCGUUCCUUACCGCAACCCAAAACGGCCACUAUCAUAUCGUAGCAAUUCGCGCCUCCCACCGAGCCUGCGGCGAUGGAGCUCCUUGGAGACGAUAGAGUCUGUGACGACAACCGCGUCGACCCAAGACGAAACCCCUCGGGACGAGCCUGACUACCCUGAUGCCGAGAUGUCGCCACCAAGUUCCAUAUUUCUGGAGGAAGACAGCUCUUUGGAGCGGCCAAGCGCGCCGUCAUCACCCUCGCUGGCGCACUCCUCGGACUCCAGCUCGGUACAGUCUACCUUGCGAUCCAACGGCUCAAAUAAGCACUCGGUCAGCUCCAUGUUUCGCAAACUCAAGCCCGGCAAAUCGGAAGAGCCACUGCUUCUACCAGAACAUCUUGAGAUAGAGAAAAGAGUGUCAAUUGAUCAACGGUCCAUGCGGACCAAUUCCUCGAGCUCCAUCAUGACCAUAUCCUCCGGCCGACCGUCUGAAGUGGGGUAUCCUUCCUCGGAAGGUGGCAGCAUAUCGCACAAGUCGCAGUCCAGCAAGGAUUGGAAAGCGAGCAGCUACGACACAAGAGGCCUAAGCGACGCGGACUUGAAGAAAUGCAAGAAGAAGGGCAUCAACCCAGCAUUGUAUGCCGAGAUGAAGGCAGCGAGGAAGGGCAAAUGCGUGAGCCCCAUCGGGGGGAACACGUUUCUAUGAUACCAAUGUUAGCCGGUAAUGAAAAUAUCCCUCUAAUGCUAGCAGACGUCCUCCUCUUCUCUAUUUCCGAAUCCAGCGCUUUGCAGAACGCACCAAUUCAGAGGAAGUCUUCCCCGGAGCGACAUGUCGUCAAACGGCGGGCUCCCACGUGCCCUAGCCCUUUCGCGGCGCGAUAUCCGCGAAGCCACGGAAUUGCUGCUUUUACCC